AAAGCAGAAGUCGGAUGUGACGGACUUCCCGGAGCUUCCGGGUCCAGCUGAGAUAGAGUCCACAGCAGAACUUUAUUUUGAAGGAUUCAGCUCGAAGGAAGUAUGGAGGAUGAUGAACUUCCGUCAGAGGAUGGGAUGGGUGGGCGUGGCUCUCUACCUGCUGCUCAGCAUCAUGGCGGUGUACUACGUCUUUGAGGUGCACACACUCAGUUUGGAGCGUGUGCAGGGAGGCGGGGCCAGUCUGUCAGCUCCACCCUCUGCUUUCACCUGGUCUCACCUGCUGUCACUUCCUGUCUGGAUGUGGGUGUCGGUCUUCCUGCUGCCUUACCUCCAGCUCUUCCUCUUCCUGUUCUCGUGCACGAGAGCCGACCCCCGUGCUGUCGGUUACUGCGUACUUCCUGUCUGCAUCGCCUUGCUGUGUAGUCGCCGCCACGCCACCCAGAGGCCGACAAAUCACAGGGCAGGGUCAGUGAUUGACACAUAGCGAGGACCAAUCUGCGAGGCCGCAGUGGCUCUGGACUCUUAGCGUUGCCCGUGAUGUAAUUUCCUGUGUGCCUUUUGAACAGUAACAUUCCCAUUGGACGUAAACCCUCCACCCUGACCCGACUGGUGGUCAUUGCUGCCCUCAGUGACGACUGACAGGACCUCUGAAACUCAAUCGUUUUGUUGUGAAAUCCCAGACAGUCCUGGGCUGUGAUUGGCUGGAGGGUGUUGAAUCACACCUACUUUAACCAGGUACCUGAAACAUGGUUACUGUUGCCAUGUUACCGCAGGUUAAUAUGUAGAACAGAGGUUUUCUGUUUCUAAUGUAACAUGCGUCACAUCACACACACUGGUAACCAUGACAAGUCUAAACACAAAUUAAAAGUCUUUAAAAACAUUGAAA